AUGGAAGCGGCUUCUCUUUGUUCCUCCUCCUCUUUCUUCCCUUCUCUCCUUCCUCCGACAACAUUUCCCCGCUCGUGGCAUGAAAAACGGUCUAGAGACGGUCCGAUCUACACGGCCAGAGGAGACUCUCGACGGUGGGAUCACGGUGGACAAUUGGUUGACGAGAACUUGAUCGUGUUGAGGAAACGGAUCCAUGACAUGAAGAUCGUCGAGAGAAACUACGAGCCUCCGUCGGAUUGGAUGGAGUGGGAGAAGCCGUAUUAUACGUCUUACAACGAGUGCGUUUGUCGAAUCAUGGGGCUCUUGCAAUCGUGUUUGAUGAAUACCAAGCCUAGCUCGGCUCUUGGGAUUUUAGCAUUGCUCACGAUGUGCUUGCAAGGAUCUGUAAUCAUGGUUGUAGUGCACUUGGUUAUAGCUGCCAAAGGAGUAUUGUCUACCAUCAAUCUCCAUUGA